UCGCCUGCACUCAAACUCUCUCCGCUGUGACUGUCACCUGGCCUGGUUGUCUCCUUGGCUGAGGCAGCGAGCGUCUUUAGGACUUUACACUCAGUGCAGCGCCCCCCCCACACUGAGGGGCCUGAACCUGGCCGAGUUGAGGAAGAGUGACUUCGCCUGCUCAGGAAAUGGCGGCAGUGCGUUUGUGCAGCCGUGCAGCCUGGCGUCGGGCUCGUGUCCUCCGAUGUGUUCCUGCAGCAACAACAUCGUGGACUGUCGAGGGAGGGGCCUCACCGCCAUCCCCGCUCACCUUCCUGAGGCCAUGACCGAGAUACGUUUGGAGCAGAAUGGCAUCAAGUCGGUUCCUCCGGGCGCCUUCACCUCCUACAAGAAGCUUCGUCGGAUGUGA